AAAUUUGAGCUGCCACUGAAAGAAGAGAAAAAACGUGCAGAGAUGGACUACUUCUUCUAUUUCUCCAUUCAAACAUGGACCCUACUGGUCGCCUUCGUCACACUCCUCUACGUGUAUGCCACCUGGACCUAUGGGACGUUUAAGAACUUAGGCAUUCCUGGUCCCAAACCUGUCCCUCUGUUUGGCACUAUGCUGGCAUAUAAAAAGGGAAUCACCACCUUCGAUCUGGACUGCUUUCAUAAGUAUGGAAAAACAUGGGGAAUUUUCGACGGCCGUCAGCCCGUGCUGUGUACCACAGAUCCCAGCAUGAUAAAAGCUGUUCUGAUAAAGGAGUGUUACUCUCUUUUCACCAACCGCAGAAAUUUCCGUCUGAAUGGACCUCUGUAUGAUGCCGUGUCUAUUGCAGAGGACGAUCAGUGGAGAAGGCUCCGCGGUAUCCUCUCUCCAUCUUUCACCUCAGGGAGACUGAAAGAGAUGUUCGACAUAAUGAAGCGUCAUACUGCUAGCCUGAUCGGCAGCAUGAAGAAGAAGAUAGACAAGGAUGAGCCAGUAGACCUGAAGGAGUCCUUUGGAUCCUUCAGCAUGGAUGUAGUUACCAGCACAUCCUUCAGUGUAGACAUUGACUCACUCAACAACCCCUCAGACCCGUUCGUCACCAACAUUAAAAAGAUGCUGAAGUUUGACUUGUUUAACCCUCUCCUCAUCCUCGUUGGCUUCUUUCCCUUCUUGGGUCCCGUUUUUGAAAAAAUGGAGCUUUCCUUUUUCCCCAAAUCUGUGACAGACUUCUUCUAUGCCUCACUGCAGAAGAUCAAAUUAAACCGUCUUACCAGCAAGCAAGCGAGUCGAGUGGACUUCCUCCAGUUGAUGAUCGACGCUCAGAAAAACAAUGGCCCCAGUGGAGAUCAGGAUAAAAGUUUGAACGAUCAUGAGAUCCUCUCCCAAGCAAUGAUCUUUCUCUUUGCUGGCUAUGAAACAACCAGCAGCACUCUCUCUUUCCUGGCUUACAACCUGGCAACAAACCCUCACAUCAUGAAAAAGCUGCAGGAGGAGAUUGACACCACCUUACCUAACAAGGCUCCUGCUCAGUACCAGACCCUGAUGCAGAUGGAGUAUCUAGACUGCGUUGUCAACGAAUCUCUUCGUAUGUACCCCAUUGCUCCACGUGUGGAGCGUGUGGCCAAGGCGACUGUGGAGAUCGGUGGCAUUGUGAUUCCAAAAGGGACGGUUUUCAUGGUUCCCACCUGGGCCCUGCACCGGGACCCUGAUGUGUGGCCCGAACCCGAGGAAUUCAAACCAGAGAGAUUCAGGAACAAGGAGUCAAUUGAUCCAUGCACGCACCUGCCAUUUGGAUUAGGGCCAAGGAACUGCAUUGGGAUGCGGUUUGCUCUGGUGAUGAUUAAACUUGCUAUGGUGGAGAUCCUCCAGAAGUACACCUUCACUGUGUGUAAAGAAACCGAGAUUCCCUUGGAGAUGGACACCUUGGGUCUCGUAGCACCAAAACGACCCAUCAAAUUAAAGCUGACACCACGUUCUUAACCUUCCAGCUAAAAACACAACAAGAUGAAAGAUUCUCAUUUAAACUGCGAUGUAUACAGACCUAUCAUGUAAAAAAAUUUAAAGAUUUCCAUACUACAGCAUAGUUGUGUGUAAUUCUGUAUCACUUGGUCCUCAUCUGAAGGACAAAUGGGAUUAUAAUGUUGUAAAACCUCAAUUUCAAUUAAAAAAACCCCAUUUAGAUUCUU